AUGACCACGACCUCGCCCUCUACGUACGACCAUCUGGCGCAAUUAUCGGGCCUGGGAAAGGCGAGGGAUCGAACCACCUUCAAAGGGGUUCUGGAUAAAUUCGUAGGCGGUUUUAGUGAUCUGUUAUCGACAAAUUCGUCAUCCUCAUCUUCCAGUCUUGCCCGAGGCAUGGAUAUCUCGUCUCCUUACAAUACAAGACAUCUCACGCACGUUGGAUUUAAUCCGAAUACCGGUGAAUUCACGGGAUUACCAAGAGAAUGGCAGGUUCUGCUACAGUACAGUGGGAUUACGAAAUCUGAACAGGAGCAAAAUCCACAGGCAGUCAUCGAUGCCAUUGAGUUUUACCAAGGCGCCCAGGUCCAAGAUGAAUCCGUCUGGCAUAAAAUCCCCAAAACUGCGCAGCAUACUCCAUCAUGCGAUGCAAAUGCGCCAUCAGAUCAGCAGCAAGACAAGUCGCACAGCUUGGGCAACUCCUGGCGCAGGCUUUCCAAACUUAAAAUCGGACGAUCCCAUCACUCUGAAUACACAAAAUCCCAAACAAAAACUGAAGAGGAACAAGCAGCAGAAAAGUUAUCCAAGCCCACAAGUGCAAAGACGACAGAGAAUGGACCGAGUAAGUCUCCGGGGCGACCUUUAUCGUUCCAGUCCGCGGCACCUUCAACGACUGCACCUGCAGGCACAGUGAAGCGACGACCAUCCAAAGGCAAUAAGAACUCGCUCAAAGAUGCCGAAGUCAUCAAUAAGCUGGAAGAAAUAUGCGGCAACGCGGACCCGAACAAAGUAUACACGGAUAUGGUGAAAAUCGGUCAAGGAGCUUCUGGUGGUGUGUAUACAGCCCGUCGUUCCGGCAAUCAAUCGCCUGUGGCUAUCAAACAAAUGAACUUGGCGCAACAACCAAAAAAGGAACUCAUUAUCAACGAAAUCAUGGUAAUGAAGCAGUCGCGUCACGCGAAUAUUGUAAACUACAUCGAUUCCUAUUUGUGGAAAGGCGAUCUUUGGGUGAUCAUGGAAUACAUGGAAGGCGGUAGCUUAACGGACGUGGUGACCUGCAACAUGAUGAUGGAAGGCCAGAUUGCGGCGGUAUGCCGAGAAGUGCUUCAAGGGUUGCAUCAUCUGCAUUCCAACGGCGUGAUCCAUCGAGAUAUCAAGAGCGACAACAUCUUGCUCAGUCUUCAAGGUGACAUCAAAUUAACCGAUUUUGGAUUUUGUGCACAAUUGAAUGAGAACGAGUCCAAACGUACUACCAUGGUGGGAACACCGUACUGGAUGGCUCCUGAAGUGGUGACAAGAAAAGAAUACGGACCCAAGGUGGAUAUAUGGUCAUUGGGUAUUAUGGCCAUCGAGAUGGUGGAAGGAGAACCACCGUAUCUGAACGAAAACCCGCUGCGAGCCUUGUAUUUGAUUGCCACCAAUGGUACUCCCCAGCUGCAGAGUCCCGAAUCGCUAAGUGAAUCUUUCAGACACUUUUUGACCCGCUGUUUGGAAGUCGAUCCAGAAUCACGACCCACGGCGGCAGAAAUGUUGAAACAUCCAUUCUUCACCAAAGCCGACCCCCUGCGCUCCCUUGCACCUUUGAUUCGCGCCGCAAGAGAAAGCAUCAAAGCACAAAAAUAA